AAUGAUUGGCGAAAUUUGCACUGGAAAACGUCUUUGUAUUUAACUCUAAAAUCAAUGAUUUUCGGCCAAAAUAUAUUGUCAAGAUCAUGGAUCUUUCUGAUGUGUGUCCUGUUGCUGCAUUGUAUACAAGAAACAAAUGCCCACUGUUCACGUCCCCUCUCUAGGAUUGUGAGAAACCAAUUAGCUGAGCAUUUCUACAGUGUUUUCCGAGCCAAGAAUCAAGAGCCUCAUGAUAAAUGCCCCCUACAUGCAUCCAGGGAUUUGUACUGGAUUCAAGAGGGAAAUAAAACACAGGAGUAUGCUGCAAAAUGGGUGUGCAACUUCUGUGGCAAAGCAUUCUACUCAGAGCAUUACCUUGAUAAACACUUUGAGAACAAACAUAGUGAUAAGCUGGUAAAGGUAAGAACUGUUAUUUUUUAUUCAAUUUGGUGUUUGCUCAAUGCCUUCCACUGCUUUGUACUUAAAAGAGGUGGUCAGGCAAUUCCAUGGUUGCUGCAUUGUAUACAAGAAGCAAAUGCCCACUGUUCACGUCCCCUCUCUAGGAUUGUGAGAAACCAAUUAGCUGAGCAUUUCUACAGUGUUUUCCAAGCCAAGAAUCAAGAGCCUCAUGAUAAAUGCCCCCUACAUGCAUCCAGGGAUUUGUACUGGAUUCAAGAGGGAAAUAAAACACAGGAGUAUGCUGCAAAAUGGGUGUGCAACUUCUGUGGCAAAGCAUUCUACUCAGAGCAUUACCUUGAUAAACACUUUGAGAACAAACAUAGUGAUAAGCUGGUAAAGGGCUCUACAGUGUGUCUUGCUGAUUUCUGUGACAUCUUUAGAUGUGAUGUACUUGAUGAUAGCCAGAGAAAAGACUUUUUUUGGGAGAAGAAACUUUGCAAGGAAGACAGACUAGUGGUGCGCAAAAAGAGAUGUGAGGCUUUGAUGCGUAGUUGUCUCCCUCAAGGCAACCUAUCAGUCGAGGAGGAAUUUGAAAUUUUUGAGGCUAUCGGAAGUAACACAUGUUCACUGCUGAACUGUAAAGACUACUGGAAACGUCCUAACAAUGAUAUUGCUGCCUGGAAAAUCGUCCUUUAUGCUAUAGUGUCGCCAUUUUUCUUCAUGGGUCUCAUUGUCUAUUACUAUGCUAUCUGGGAUUACUAUUAUGGAGAUUAUCCUUUGGACAUCAACAAGUUACGCGAUGAAGAGGAAGAGAGUGUUUCAACGUUCCGAAAUUACAGAGGCACUUCAUCACAUCUCAGGAAAAGAUAUGGAGGACGCCCUCUAAUGUACUAAUACAGCUAGCAGAGGUCAAAUGAGAAACUCUUCCCCCUCAAGGAGCGCAUGCGCAGAUAGUGCUGUUGUGUUCAGCACUAGAUUGUGCAGGAAAACACCUUUUGCAAAAUCUCUUCGUGUCUAGAAGUAUUCACUGACGAUAAGUAACAUGCAGCUGAGGAAAUGAACCUUUGUGUUGAGAGACAGCUCGUUCGUACAGUUUCGCCAGCAAACUUCAUUUCCAGUAGGCCCUUUAGGGUUUCUUUCUGAAGGAUCAAACGACUAAAGAGUGGAAUAGUCGCGUUUAUUCUUACAAUGGACAAAACAUCACUUCCACUCUACAUUUGCAUUUUUAUAUGGAAAACAGAGUGCGACACAUUUAUACUGUGUUUGACUGAGGGCGAAGACGCGUCAACUUCAUUACCAGGUUACUAAACAGUUCAGACAGACAGACAGAAAAUGAAAUUAAAAUUAAAUUAAACUUCGUUCUAAGUAUUUACAGAAUUCGUGGGAAAAAUUAAAUUGAGAGUUCCUUAUGUGGUAGAGAAACAAGCUCUCUGGUUGUGUAGAGAACAAGGGCAUAUCGAGCGAGGCAAACGCGGUAACUCGCAAGGGAACGAGAACUAGAACACGCUCGGCUUUCCGCAAGAUUGUUUUCGGCUCAUACCCCAUAUCAAGCUUUAACUAUUGUUAUGGUUUUUUAAGACAAUGAACCUAUUCUUGAGCCGCCCAAGGGAUGUUUCUAUCCGCUACGGCGAAAUUACACUCGGCUUAAAUCGGAUCCAAUCGGGAAAUUGUCGGUGAUGACAUUUUAUUCCCAACAGUUGUCUACUUGGAAAAACAUAGACCAACUGGGGGCUAGACAGCAAUUGUCAAGGGAAACAGUGUUGUUGUGCAUUGCAUUUAAGUCGCGUGGACUGGUUUAUGUUUUUUGUUUAAUAAGCAAGAGAGAUUUUCUCUUGACGGCUUCACUUCAUUUCAGGAGCAAGUAAAGCCGUCAGUGAAAACAUACUUGGAAUUCAGCUUGUAGCAUUACCGUAAUGAUUCGAUUUAGCGCCUUCCUUCCAAUAAGCGCCCCCUUACGAAUAAGCGCCCCCUUCGAACGUAUUUUUAUUGAUAAUCGCUUCUAUUCUAAUAAGCGACCCAUUCCAAUAAGCGCCUCCAUUCUAAUAAGCGCCAAUAUUCGAAUAUUUAAAUAUUACAGCGCCGUCAGAGUACGUAUCAACGGAGGUUCAUAUUCCUUAAUUACUCACAUACGUAAUGCCGCAUUACAAAAACAGUGAUCUUCGUCUGAGUUCCUCAACUUUAAUGUCCAUGCGUGUGCAUAAUUCCUUCAAACUUUAACUGUACAUUUACCGUAAAUUUGUUACAGUUUCUGUUAUCGUUCCUUUUUUUUAAUAAAUACCGUAUAAAGAUUUGUUUAGAGCAUUCGGUUGUUUCUCAAAAAAGAAAAAAAGCGCCUUGUCCCGAAUAAACGCUAUUUGACGAACAAGCGCGCCGGGCGCUAAAUCGAAUCAUUACGG